GAGUUCCAGAGGGAUCGGAGAAAUGUGAUAUUGUCACGAGGGUAAAACAGCUGUCUCCGGUGAUGUUUCAUUAAACUUCAUUCCACCACAACACAGGUAUCACACUUGAGGAUUAACGUGCACAAUGUCUAUGAACUCAAGCCAUGGAUUUCCCUUUUUCCCGGGAUACACAUUUCGCGACAUAACGAAGUCUGCCUUUCAUAGGUCUCAAACGCUGUCGUACAAGAACGGCUACGCUUUACCUCAAAGACCAAUGGUUGGUAUCGGGCAGGAACCACUACUGUCCACGCAGCUGACUUUGAACGAGUCAACGCAGGUGCCCUGUGGGACCCCUUCGGUGUCCUACGGCAGUGCCGCCAAGAGCCGCCCGCUCAACUUCAUGCCCGCUCAUGUCCUGUAUGACAAGAAGGUACUGCGCUUCUACGGCUACUUCCAGCAGUCCGUGCAGCACUCCCCCGACGAGGAGUACCGUGUGCGGCCCGUCGUCUUCUACUACUACCUGGAGGACGACAGCAUGUGCGUCAUCGAGCCCACCGUGGAAAACUCCGGAAUCCCCCAGGGCAAGCUGAUCAAGCGCCAGCGUCUGCCCAAGAACGACCGCGGCGAGCACUACCACUGGAAGGACCUGAACGUGGCCAUGGACCUGUGUGUGUACGGCGUCACCUACCGCCUCACACACUGCGACAGCUACACACAGGAUUUCAUGGAGAGCCAGGGCCUGGUUCUGAACGACGCAGAGCCGAUCCCGGCCGACCCGUACGCUAAAGUGCGCACCAAGAUGCAGCCCCACAUCGCCUACGCCACGCCGUCAGACUUCGACCAUCUCAAGCAGUUCAUCACCAUGGACCGCAAGGUGUUGCGCUUCUUUGCGCUGUGGGACAACACGGACACGCUGUACGGGGACGCGCGGCCGGUCACCAUCCAGUACUACCUGGUGGACGACUCGGUAGAGAUCCGUGAGGUGCACGAGCCCAACAGUGGACGAGACCCCUUCCCUGUGCUGCUGCGCAGGCAGAAGAUACCCAAGGUCAUCAAACCUGCCUGUGAGCCCUUCCCCACGUGUGUGUUGGAGGUGUCAGCGCAGGAGGUGCACGAGUUCUACUCGCCGCGGGACUUCCUGGUGGGGGAGACGCUGAGGCUCAUGGGACGCUGCUUCCUGCUGUACGACUGCGACGCCUUCACGCGCGACUACUACGCCCGCCACCACCCCGACCUGCCGCUGCGGCCCGUCCAGCUGGAGGAGAAGGCCCAGAGGCACGUCCAGAAGGUGAUUCCCCCCUACAAUGGCUGGGGGUCCCUGGAGGACUCUCUGCAGAACUGCCUGGACUUCAUCCCUGAGCCGCCCAAGAAGGACCUGAUGAAGCUGCUGGAGAAUGACCACAAGGUGCUGCGCUACACCGCGCAACUGGACUCCCAGAAUGCCCAGGACGCGGGCCGGCGCUUCGUGCUGUCCUACUACCUGUCCAACGACAUGAUCAGCAUCUUCGAGACGGCCACGCGCAACUCGGGCGUCAUCGGCGGCAAGUUCCUGGAGAAGACGCGCAUCCCGAAGCCCGGCAGCACCGUGGACGAGCCGCAGUACUACGGGCCGGCCGACUUCGCCAUCGGAUCCGUUAUAGAGGUGUUCAGGCACCGCUUCCUGCUGACCGACGCUGACCGCUACGUGCUGAAGUACCUGGAGUCGCAGGCCGAGCGCGUCCCCGCGGAGACGCUGGAGUCGCUGCGGAGGAGGCUGGGGGUCACGACCCCGUCCAGCGGCCACCAGGGGGAGCAGAGCGGCGGGGUGACCGGAGAGCAGGCCACAGGAGACGAGACUUCGGGCAUAUGAGGAACGGCAACAACCCACCCCCCACCCCACUCUCUCUUCUCUCCUCCUGAUCAGUAUUUCCGUACAAAUCAAUAAAGAUGACCAGUUUUACUCUGAAA